AUGAAGUGUCUACUUUUUCUGGUGCUGAUUUCUCUCUCCUGGGCUGAUCAUCUUACUGACAACUACACUCUGGAGCAUGACAGAAUUAUCCACAUCCAAGCAGAAAAUGGCCCCCGUCUACUUGUGGAAGCAGAACAGGCAAAAGUCUUCUCACACAGGGGUGGCAAUGUCACACUGCCAUGUAAAUUUUACCGCGACCCCUCAACAAUUGGCUCAGGAACCCACAAAAUCCGAGUCAAGUGGACCAAGCUCACUUCAGAUUACCUCAAGGAAAUAGAUGUUUUUGUUUCCAUGGGAUACCACAAGAAAACAUAUGGCAGCUACCAGGGGAGAGUAUUUCUGAACAGAGGCAGUGAAAAUGAUGCCUCCCUUGUAAUCACAGAUAUCACCCUGGAGGAUUAUGGCAGAUACAAAUGUGAGGUGAUUGAAGGAUUAGAAGACGAUACAGCAGUUGUAGCCUUGGAUCUGCAAGGUGUGGUCUUCCCUUACUUUCCACGAUUGGGACGCUACAAUCUCAAUUUCCAUGAGGCUCGACAGGCUUGCCUGGACCAAGACUCUGUGAUUGCCUCUUUUGACCAGCUCUAUGAUGCUUGGAGGGCAGGGCUGGACUGGUGUAAUGCUGGCUGGCUCAGUGAUGGAUCCGUGCAGUAUCCCAUCACUAAACCUAGAGAACCCUGUGGAGGGAGAAACACAGUACCUGGUGUCAGGAAUUACGGAUUUUGGGAUAAGGAUAAAAGCAGAUAUGAUGUCUUCUGUUUUACAUCCAACUUCAAUGGUCGCUUUUACUACUUAAUCCAUCCAACCAAGCUGACCUAUGACGAAGCGGUGCAGGCUUGUCUCAAUGAUGGUGCUCAGAUUGCGAAAGUGGGCCAGAUGUUUGCCGCCUGGAAACUCCUGGGCUAUGACCGAUGUGAUGCAGGCUGGCUGGCUGACGGCAGCGUCCGUUACCCCAUCUCGCGGCCAAGGAGACGCUGCAGCCCCACCGAGGCAGCCGUGCGCUUCGCGGGCUUCCCAGAUAAAAAGCACAAGCUCUAUGGUGUCUACUGCUUCCGAGCAUACAACUGA